GUAUACCGUACCCACCCCUUCCCCGCAUAUCGCCUGCACCGUGCAGGAGCGCUCUUUUUUCUUUUUUCUUUUUUUUUUCCCUUCCUUUCCUCUCCUGUGCGUUCCUCAGACUUCCCCCUUUCCUUAUCCUUUUUCCUCUCUCCAAACACUAUCUUAUACUGAAUAUCCCCUCCACCCCCUUCUUUCUCCACAACGGCCAGUCCAGCCCACACUUCACGCUUCACACUUCAUACCUCCCACUGCACUCCCCACAAAGCAUUCCUCCCUGUCUCUUGAGCCUGUGUCUCGGCGCCCUUAUUCUCAGCUCUGAGGCCAAUUCCAUCGACCCAUCCCUUUUUGCAUCCCGAGCCUGCGCACGGAGAUGACAAAGAUCAAACCCAGACUCAUCGCACGCAUCUCAUGCCAGGAAUGUCGCCGCAGGAAGACUCGAUGCAACUUUGACGGGCAGGGUGACAAGUGCUCCACCUGCGCCAGGAUUGGAACGUCCUGUAUUUUUGCGCAAAAGAAUGGCGUCGUGCUCGAUAUCGACAAGGUCAUGGAGGAGAACAACCCCCACCUAGUCCAUCAGCGGGAGAAGGAGCAGCGUGCUAGAGAACGGGAACGAGAGCGACUCAGCUUGAUGGCAGGCUGCUCCUCCUCCUCUUCGUCUUCUUUCAGCUUCGCCCAAAGCGCCGGUCAGCACCCCAUUGAUAUGUCGCUCUACUCCAGCUCCACACCCUCGUCCUCCUUCCUCGCCGGAUACCCCAACAAGACAAGCAGGAGGAACAGCGCAUCCAGCCUCUUCCCGUCCACUGGUGUACGAUCAUCUUCCACCGAAGACCUCUCUCAGGUUAUGGAUCGCCUGCAGAUCGAUGCGUUUGGAAUUGCUCCACAUACACUUCGCAGUUUCAGUCAAGUCGCUGGAGACAAUGACUCUGCGGAGCCGUCCUCUGGGGAGUCCUCCGCCACGGAAUCCCAUGUGACGACCGUUCCUGGAUCGGUUCCGGAUGAAUCAUCAGAGGGCAGGCAAGCAACCCAAACCAAGCGAAACAGCUGUGGCAACAGUCCUCGCCAUCGGUCAUCUAGGAGUCGCUCUGUCCCCUUGGUCGAUAUCCAGUCCGACUUGAUUGAUUUGUACUUUCAGCAUGUCCACCCUUAUGUCCUGAUCCUUCACAAGCCCAGCUUUUUCCGCCGCCUGCAUGACCCUAAGGAUCCAGUGCCAGACUUUCUGCUGGCCGCAAUGUAUGCUGUUGCAUCGCAUUACGCACCUGGCCGAGAGGAGGAGGGUCGUCGAUACUUUCAACUCUGGUUGAGCCGGCUGGAUGACACGCUGGAUAAGCCAAGACUAUCAACAAUCCAGGCACUCUUGCUUAUCAUCAAGUACCAGGAGGGCGUCAAGCACACAGGAUUUUACUUCCGUACUUACAUGUACGCGCAGAUGGUGAUUGUCCUGGCCAGGGAACUGCAACUCCACAAGACUACGCCGGUCAAUGUCAAGCUGGAUUCCGAGAGCCAUGAAGUGCGACGAAGGCUCUUCUGGUCCAUCUUUGUGCUCGAUCAGUUCAUUUCGAUAUCCCAAGGACGAUCCAUGAGCUUCAGAGAGGUCGAACCGGAGGCCGACUUCCCUUGUAUCGACACUGAGGACCCCAACGACUCGCAGGAGAUCGAGAACAUCAUGAACGUUGUUGAAUACAUCAAGUUGGCCAAGAUCAAUCACCAGGCAUUGAUAUUGACUCGCAAAUUUAUGACCAAGGUUGCGAAACCGGAGGAAUCGGUCGCGCAGGCCCAACAAAUCCACGGCAUGAUGACUUCGUGGCGACAGAACCUUCCUCCUCGCCUUCAGCUGGCCUCCAACAUGUCGGCACACACGCCAUUCGUCGCAAUGCUCCACAUGAUCCACCACACUUGCUCAAUCAUGAUUCAACGGUGUUAUGGCGAGGACCCAACUAUAGCACAUCACGAAAUAGCUGUUGCAGCAAGGGAAUCGUGCUCAGUCUCUGCGACCAACAUCACAGUUAUUACGGACGACCUCUUCACCAACCACGGCAUAGUCCCUUUGACAUAUCCGAUCCGCGGAUGCUAUUUUGCUGUUUACUGCUUAAUCACAGCGGCGACAAUCCAGGCGAACGACAUCCGACGAGGCGUAAAUGGGCCCAUUAUGUUCAAGCGUUCGCUCGCUCUGCUGAAUGUCAUCCUUCGCGAGUCAACGGCUGUGGACAUUGAGAAGGAGGUCGCGCUUCUGAAGAACUCUGUCGAUAUUCCCAUGGACGAUUUGCGCUGGGAGCGCUCUGCACCCCCACAGAAUUACGACAGCCGUCCGCCACUCAAGCCAAUUCUCCCCAUGUCUCAAAAAUACGGCUCCAGGAUGAACUAUGUUGCCUCAGGAAUGGCAUCAAUCAAGAUGAGGAAGAUUUCUCCAAAAGUCGCGGGGUCAUCUUCGGCCAGCAACGCGACCUCUUCUUCCACAGGAAUCACUCCUCAAAAUCCUGGCACGAAUCGAGGCAACGGACAGCCCAAAGGCACGAGUUAUGGAGGGAACCAGAGCAAUAAUCACUCGAAUCAAAAUUCAGGGGCCUCAUCCAGCUCAAUAGGAGCGCAAUUUAUGGCAUCGGCCUCGUCGACAGGAUCCUCUUCGCAUGUCCAAGCAAAUGGAGGUGAAUUGAACCGCAAUGAGCAAAGUGCAGGCCUCAUACAUCAAUCAGCAGGAGAUGCAGAUCAAGGUGGACAAGGUCAGCAGUCGCAAGGGCAGCCAAACGCCGCAGGACGCAACACCUGGACAUUCGGGCAGCAAAAUGAUAGAAUUCAAUCAACGCAAAUGCAUCAGGACCAGCACCAGACUCUGAAGAUAGAGGAGGAUCAGCAGUCGGAUGACAUGAGGAUCAAAUUCAAGUCGUCUCCUUCGCCCAACAUGUCAAGUCUACCUUAUUCACCCUUAUCUGGAUCGGCACAGGGUAUGACUGAACUAGUGGCAUCCAUACCUUCCAGCUCGGACGUCUAUUCUCGUCCUGCGCCGUCAUUCGCGGGCACGACUGCGUUUCCGCCUGACUUGAAUGCUUUCGCCCUACCCGAACGGCAACUCACGCCCUCUAGCAAUACUCAGGACCCUGUUUCACUCGUAUCGCUAGCUCAACUCUUAGCGAUUCAGGAAGAACGUCAACGUCUUCAUCAGCAGCAGUUCACCGGCCAACAGCCACCAGCUUCAUCUUUGAAUCAGUUAACCGUAGCUCAAAUUCAAGAGCAACAUCGACUGACUCAACAGAGACAGUUUAUACAGCAGCAGCAACAGCAGCAGCAGCAACAACAACAACAACAACAACAACAACAACAACAACAACAACAACAACAACAACAACAACAACAACAGCAACAACAAUUCCAACAGCAAACUCGACAGCAGCAGCAAGACUCGGGGAUUGCCAACUCAUUCUUGAGCAACUUCUCAAGCCUAAAUAACUAUCAGCAACUGAACUCUGAUCAGGCGCAGAAUGAAUUGAUGUCGAUACUCAAUUCAUCCGUGUUCAGUUAUCAGGAUGGAUUCAGCCAGGAAAAUGCACUGAAUUUUGCCUCGUCAUACAUGCAGCAGCAGCAGCAGCAGCAGCAACCUCAACUGCCACAUCAGCAACAAUCAUCCUUGUCACCUUCCAGCAUCAGUUCCCCAGAAAUUAGUCGGGAUGCGUUUCCAAAUCAACCUUCGGAGUCUCCAGCUUUGAGAAUGCCAGAGAAUCAUCAGAGCACUCUUUCGAACGAUACUGCGAUUAUAAGCCAAGAUACCCCUUCGCCUGAGACUUUCCAAACACUGGAUCUGGCUGGAUCGUUCCCAAGUUAUCUCUGUCCCGACAGCACUUUGCCCAUGGGGGUUCAUCAGUUUUUAGGGGAUGCAGACAGGAUUUUUAAAUUUCAGGCACAGCAGGGGUUGACAACUGGUGAUGACUCGUCUUUGUUCAAUGCAGAGCGCCAGCAGUUUUUGCAACAGCAACAGCAACAGCAACAGCAACAGCAACAGCAACAGCAACAACAGCAACAACAGCGCCAGUAGCAUUACCAGCGAUAGCCAUUAGCCAUGUAAAAUAUAAUGUCUUUAAAAAACUGGUCGACGGGAUACGGGAAUGUUGGUUUUUGAAAGUCCAUAGAGAGAGGAUAAAGUUUAUUCUUGCUGGGGCCGGCAGAGGGAGGAGCUCUGGACGAGACAGGCCACUGAUCCAUUCGAGACCAAUAUUAGCCAAAUUCUGGGCGCCCACUCAGUCCCUGUCUAGCCAUCUCUGGCACCCAU